AUGGACGGCAUUAAGAAGACGUUUGCGCAAUGCAAGAAGGAGGGCAGGUCCGCCCUCGUCACCUAUGUGACCGCAGGUUUCCCUACGGCAGAGGAGACGCCAGACAUCAUGAUGGCCAUGGAGGCCGGAGGUGCUGACAUUAUUGAACUCGGCAUGCCCUUCACCGACCCCAUUGCCGACGGCCCAGCAAUUCAGACCGCCAACACUCAAGCCCUCAAGAACGGCGUCACGAUCGGCCAUGUUCUCCAGAUGAUCCGCGACGCGAGGAAGCGGGGUUUGAAGGCACCAGUUCUCCUUAUGGGAUACUACAACCCUCUGCUCAGCUACGGCGAGGAGAAGAUGCUGCAGGAUGCGAAGGAGGCCGGAGCCAAUGGUUUCAUCAUGGUCGACCUGCCACCAGAGGAGGCUCUGCGCUUCAGGAACUUCUGCCGCAGCUACGGUCUCUCCUACGUUCCCCUCAUCGCACCCGCUACCUCCGAGCACCGCAUGCGCGUCCUCUGCAAAAUCGCCGACUCCUUCAUUUACGUCGUAUCGCGAAUGGGCGUCACCGGCGCCAGCGGAACAAUGAACGCUGCCCUUCCUCAACUUCUCGAGCGCGUCCACAAAUACUCUGGCAACGUCCCGGCGGCCGUUGGUUUCGGUGUCAGCACACGCGAUCACUACCUGAGCGUAGGCAAGAUCGCUGAGGGCGUUGUGAUUGGUUCCCAGAUCAUCAACACAUUGAUCAAGGCUCCAGCAGGAGAGGGCGCAAAGGCAGUUGAGAAGUACUGCGACGAGAUUUGCGGCAAGAGCACCCGUGAGACAACCCGUGAGGUCGGCAUUGUCGAGACAUUGAACGAGGCCAAGGAGCCCACCGGCGUGCACGUCGACAAGGUCAUCACGGAUGCCGACACACCAGAUGGCCCUGGCCUUGCGGAUCAACUGGAGAUGCUCAACACCGACGAGACGGACGGCACAAACGGAACCAACGGCACACACGAGCAGAACGGAUUUGACGAGACGCACAAGUUCCCCCCACGAUUCGGCGAGUUUGGCGGUCAAUACGUGCCUGAAUCUCUCAUGGAUUGUCUCUCUGAGCUUGAGGAAGGUUUCAACACAGCCAUCGAAGACCCCAAGUUCUGGGAAGAAUACCGUUCCUAUUACGACUGGAUGGGCAGACCAGGACAUCUGCAUCUUGCCGAGCGCCUGACCGAGCAUGCUGGAGGGGCUAACAUUUGGUUGAAGAGAGAGGACUUGAACCAUACCGGAAGUCACAAGAUUAACAACGCUCUCGGGCAAGUACUCAUUGCCAGGAGAUUGGGAAAGACUGAGAUCAUUGCUGAGACCGGAGCUGGUCAGCAUGGUGUUGCGACAGCCACUGUCUGCGCCAAGUUCAACAUGAAGUGCACCAUCUACAUGGGUGCCGAGGAUGUCAGGCGUCAAGCCCUGAACGUCUUCCGCAUCAAGUUGCUCGGCGCGCAGGUCGUUGCUGUCGAGGCUGGUGCGCAGACUCUUCGUGAUGCAGUCAACGAGGCCAUGCGCGCUUGGGUCGUUCACCUCGACACAACUCACUACAUCAUCGGAUCUGCCAUCGGUCCUCACCCCUUCCCUACGAUUGUCCGCACCUUCCAGUCGAUCAUCGGAAACGAGACCAAGGAGCAGAUGCAGGCCAAGCGUGGCAAGCUUCCGGAUGCUGUAGUUGCUUGCGUUGGUGGUGGCAGCAAUGCCGCAGGCAUGUUCUACCCCUUCUCGAAGGACCUCUCCGUCAAGCUUCUCGGUAUCGAGGCCGGUGGUGACGGUGUCGACACCGACCGCCACAGCGCGACACUCUCCGCUGGUACCAAGGGUGUGCUUCACGGUGUACGUACCUACGUUAUCCAGAACAAGCACGGACAGAUCAGCGAGACUCACUCGGUCUCUGCUGGUCUCGACUACCCCGGUGUUGGCCCAGAACUCUCCAGCUGGAAGGACAGCGACCGUGCCAAGUUCAUCGCCUGCACUGAUGCUGAGGCGUUCAUCGGCUUCCGUCUCAUGUCUCAGCUCGAGGGUAUCAUCCCCGCGCUGGAGACCUCGCACGCCGUUUUUGGUGCCAUUGAGCUGGCCAAGACGAUGAACAAGGACCAGGACAUCGUCAUCUGUGUCUCUGGACGUGGUGACAAGGACGUGCAGAGCGUUGCGGAGGAGCUACCCAAGCUGGGACCCAAGAUUGGCUGGGAUCUGAGGUGUAAAAUAUACAGCCUUGAGACGCAGCUCAACCAGAAGCAAGCGCACGCCGAUGCCGAAUCCUCACCACUCCUCAACGGGGACGCCGACGAUCCUGACAAGGUCUUCACGAAUACCCUCGACACCGAACUGGAACGCGUCACGUCUUUUUACAAGCUCAAGGAGAAUGAGAUCUUCGAGGAGAUGGAGGCCCUGCUCAAGGACGAGGAGCUGUUUGAGUACCACCAGGAAGAAUACAACGAGGAGAAUGAGAAUGCGCCGCCAGGGAAGAAGAUGCGCAGCGGAAGUGUGUUCAAGGCCAUCGGCUUCAACCGACCGCGGGCCAUGAGUGGUGCCAGUGGGCGAUCAACAGAUCACGGCGCAGAGGCAGAUGGGGACGAGGACGAUUCGGAUGAAGAUGUUGACGAGACCGCACAGCUGCGUAAGAAGAGCCCAGACGGUCAGCGGCGACGGAGACGGACAACCGACGAAGACAUGGCAGCCUCGCAUGUCUCCUCAAGACGGAAGACGAGCGUCGCAUUCGAAGACUACAACGACAUGGCGUUUUCUGCGCUAUACGACGAGGGCGUAUCGCUUAAGAAGCGAGCCGUCAGUGUCUACGUGCUGCUGUGCGAGCUGCGAUCCUUCAUCCAGCUGAACAAGACGGGCUUCGAAAAGGUGCUGAAGAAGUACGACAAGAUCAUGGACCGCAAACUGAAAAAGACGUACCUGAACAAAUACGUUUACCCGGCAUAUCCUUUCCAGCAAAGCACCAUGGACGAGCUCACGCGAAAUCUCGAGCGCAUGGAACAAGCGUACGCGCAGAUCGGCACAAAGGGUGAUAUUGUGGAGGCGAAGCGAGAGCUGAGACUCCAUCUGCGAGAACACGUCGUAUGGGAGAGAAACACAGUAUGGCGAGAGAUGAUUGGAAUCGAACGGAAGGCGCAAGCGGCCAAUAUCGGUAUCAGCCAUACACUGCUCGGUCGCGACACAACGGGCGGUAAGAUCAGGCGGCAGGGAGACGAGGUCGAAUCAGACAUGAAGGAGGUGGAUACGCCGAUUGGUAGAUACAGGUGCCCGCAAUGGCUUGUCAGCAGAACCUUUUGGAUUCUGCUUGCUUGCAUAGCGGUCUUUAUUGUGCUGCUCGUGGUGCCCAUCAUGGAAGCGCCCGAGCAGCAAAACUGUCUGGCCAUGGUGAUCUUUGUCAGUUUACUAUGGGCCACCGAGGCCAUACCUCUCUUCGUCACAUCACUCUUGGUACCCUUCCUCGCAGUAACACUGAAUGUUGUACGAAGCGAUGUGGAGCCCCACCGAAGAUUGGAAUCCAAGGCAGCGGCAUCCUACGUCUUCUCCGCCAUGUGGACGCCAGUCAUCAUGCUGCUACUGGGUGGUUUCACAAUCGCGGCUGCGCUAUCAAAGUACAACAUCGCCAAGAUGAUGGCUACCUUUGUCCUUAGCAAGGCCGGAACGAAGCCAAGGACCGUCCUCGUGGUCAACAUGUUCGUCGCCAUGUUUGCCAGUAUGUGGAUCAGCAACGUUGCCGCGCCCGUGCUGUGCUUCUCUAUCAUCCAGCCCAUCCUCCGCAACCUGCCCGCCGAUUCCGACAUGACCAAAGCGCUUCUCAUGGGCAUCGCCCUCUCCUCCAACAUCGGCGGCGCCGCAUCACCCAUCGCUUCGCCCCAGAACCUAAUCGCGCUGCAAAACAUGCACCCGGAACCUUCCUGGGGCGUAUGGUUCUUCGUCGCUCUCCCCGUGUGUAUUAUCUCCAUCUUGCUAAUCUGGGUCUUCCUCCUAAUCACCUUCCAACCCGGCCGCGGCACAAGCAUCGUCCCCAUCCGUCCGCUCAAAGACAAGUUCACCGGUGUGCAAUGGUUCAUCAGCGUCGUUACGCUCGUUACCAUCGUUUUGUGGUGCGUGAGCCACCAGCUCGAAUCCAUUUUCGGUGAUAUGGGCGUUGUAGCUAUCAUCCCGAUCGUCCUCUUCUUCGGUACUGGUAUCCUCACUAAAGAGGACUUCAACAACUUCCUCUGGACUAUCAUCAUCCUAGCCGCUGGUGGCCUAUCGCUCGGUAAAGCGGUCAAUUCGUCGGGACUGUUGCAUACGAUCGCUGAGUCCAUCACCGCGGGCGUGGAGGGCAUGAGUUUGUACGGUGUUCUCGUCGUCUUCUGCGCUUUGAUCGGUGUGGUUGCUACGUUCAUCAGUCAUACCGUCGCUGCGCUUAUUGUUCUCCCGCUUGUUCAGCAGGUGGGCCAGCAGAUGCCCGAACCGCACCCUAAUCUGCUUGUUAUGGGCGCGGUGUUGAUGGCUAGUGGCGCCAUGGGACUGCCGACUAGCGGGUUCCCUAAUAUGACUGCGAUUAUGAUGGAAGAUCAACGUACUGGACAGAGGUAUCUCGCUGUCAAACAUUUCUUGACGAGAGGUGUGCCGGCCAGUAUCAUGACGUUUUGCGUUAUUAUUACUGUUGGGUAUGGAUUGAUGCUUGCUGUUGGCUUUUAG